CCCAGUAACAGAGAUACCCCAGAGAGAUGUCCCCGUCCUCUGUAUUCCCAGGAUUGUACAGAGGAGAAUCACAGGAUCCCACAGGAGGAUCAGGGUGAAGCCCAAUUAAAUAAUAUUAAAAUCAAAGAUACAGAGGGAGAAGAAGAGACGUAUGUGACUGAUAUGAAGGCAGAAGAUAUAGAGGGAGAAGAAGAGACGUAUGUGACUGCUAUAAAGGCAGAAGAUAUAGAGGGAGAACAAGACACGUAUGUGACUGAUAUAAAGGCAGAAGAUAUAGAGGGAGAAGAAGAGACGUAUGUGACUGAUAUAAAGGCAGAAGAUAUAGAGGGAGAAGAAGAGACGUAUGUGACUGAUAUGAAGGCAGAAGAUAUAGAGGGAGAAGAAGAGACGUAUGUGAGGGGGGAUCAGCAGUGUAAGGAAGAGGAGAUCCCUACAGAUAUCAGCACAGCAGAUGGACCCACAAGCAGGAAUAUCUCAGAAGUACAUCUAAUGUUAUCCCUGGAUUGUGACAUAACAGAUAAUGACAGUAGACAGGAUUCUCCAGGAGAUAAUCCCAUUACCCCAAUUAUACAUCCAGCUCUAUCAACUAAUCCCCCUGAUCCUGGGAAAUGUUCUCCAAAUCACUCUGAUAUUGGUGCAUCUAUUACAGCUCUGAGAUUAGAUACAGAGUUUCCCUGUUCUACAGACGCCAAAUGUUUUACACAGAACACAAACCGUAUUACUCAUCAGCCAGCUAAGGCAGGUGAGAGGCCAUUUCCAUGUUCUGAGUGUGGGAAAUGUUUUACAUAUAAAUCAAAUCUUGUUACACAUCAGAGAAGUCACACAGGUGAGAAGCCGUAUUCCUGUUCUGAGUGUGGGAAAUGUUUUACACAGAAAUCAGAUCUUGUUACACAUCAGAGAAGUCACACUGGUGAGAAGCCAUUUCCAUGUUCUGAGUGUGGGAAUUUUUUUACAUAUAAAUCAAAUCUUGUUACACAUCAGAGAAGUCACACAGGUGAGAAGCCGUAUUCCUGUUCUGAGUGUGGGAAAUGUUUUGUAGAGAAAUCAGGUCUUGUUAUACAUCAGAGAAGUCACACAGGUGAGAAGCCGUAUUCCUGUUCUGAGUGUGGGAAAUGUUUUGCACAGAAAUCAAAUCUUGUUACACAUCAGAGAAGUCACACAGGUGAGAAGCCAUAUACCUGUUCUGAGUGUGGGAAAUGUUUUUCAUCUAAAUCAGUUCUUGUUAGACAUCAGAAAAGGCACACAGGUGAGAAGCCGUAUUCCUGUUCUGAGUGUGGGAAAUGUUUUGCACAGAAAUCAGUUCUUGUUAAACAUCAGCGAUUUCACAGUCACACAGGUGAGAGGCCAUUUUCUUGCUCUGAGUGUGGGAAAUGUUUUACACAGAAAUCAUAUUUUAUUACACAUCAGAGAAGUCACACAGGUGAGAAGCCAUUUUCUUGCUCUGAGUGCGGGAAAUGUUUUAUCCGGAAAUCAUAUCUUAUUACACAUCAGAGAAGUCACACAGGUGAGAAGCCAUUUUCUUGCUCUGAGUGCGGGAAAUGUUUUAUCCAGAAAUCACAACUUGUUACACAUCAGCGAAGUCACACAGGUGAGAAUCCAUUUCCAUGUUCUGAGUGUGGGAAAUGUUUUGCAUGCAAAUCAGUUCUUGUUAUACACCAGAGAUGUCACACAGGUGUGAAGCCAUUUUCUUGCUCUGAGUGUGGGAAAUAUUUUGCACAGAAGUCACAACUUGUUACACAUCAGCGAAGUCACACAGGUGAGAAGCCAUUUCCAUGUUCAGAGUGUGGGAAAUGUUUUGAACGGAAAUCACAACUUGUUGCACAUCAGCAAAGUCACAGAGGUGAGAAUCCAUUUCCUUGCUCUGAAUGCGGGAAAUGUUUUACCUCGAAAACACAACUUGUUAUACAUCAGCGAAGUCACACAGGUGAGAAGCCAUUUCCAUGUUCUGAGUGUGGAAAAUGUUUUGCACGCAAAUCAGAUCUUGUUAGACAUAACAAAAGUCACACAGGUGAGAAGCCGUUUUCUUGCUCUGAGUGUGGGAAAUGUUUUAUCCGGAAAUCACAUCUUGUUAUACAUCAGCGAAGUCACACAGGUGAGAGGCCAUUUCCAUGUUCUGAGAAAUAAAUCAUCUCUUGUUGGACACAAUAGACAUCAUUCCGGUGAGGAACCAUUUUAAUCUUCUGGAGUAUACUUAUCAUGGCCAUGCGUUGUUCUUCAGGGUUCUUAUCCUAUCUCCUAUGCUUUUUGCAGUAUACAUGUUACCACUGGGUGAAAUAAUCAGGUGUCAUGCCCUCAUCUACCACUGCUAUACAGAUGACCUGUCUUUUGCUUCAGAUACUGAGAAACCAGUCCCAAUCCUAUAACUAUGCGAAGAACCUCGCUAAAAAUGCAAAAUUUUAUUGCAAUGAUUAUUAUUAAUAAAUUGGUAAUGUUUGAA